AUGGUCGAGGCAAUUCCUAACAUGAAAGCCAUUCACAGUCGACUAUUCAUUCCCCAAUUCACCCUCGAGUCGGGAACUACCCUAUACAACGUCCCUGUUGCCUACUCCACCUAUGGCUCAUUGAACGCAAAGCGCGACAAUGUAAUUGUGAUAUGCCACGGCUUCUCAGCUGGCACACAGGUGAUGCACUGGUGGAACGGAAUGAUAGGCACUCAUCGCGCCCUCAACCCCAGCAAAUACUUCAUCAUCUGUCUGAAUGCGCUAGGAAGCCCAUUUGGAUCUGCCAGUCCCCUGACGGCCAUCAAUGAACAGCCCUCACUAGGUCCUUACGGACCCGCAUUCCCUCUGGCAACUAUUCGAGACGACGUACGAAUCCAUAAACAAGUCCUCGACAGAAUGGACAUCGACCAGAUCCAGUGCGUAAUUGGGGGCAGUAUGGGCGGCAUGGCAGCACUGGAAUGGGCCUAUCUGGGUGCACAAAAGGUCCGCUCCUUUGUGUCAAUUGCCGCAUCCGCCAGGCUCGGUGCAUGGGCGAUCAGCUGGAACGAGGUCCAGCGACACUGCAUUGCCAGCGACCCAGCUUACAACAAUGGCCACUAUGACUCGCAUGCUCCGCCCAUCGCUGGCCUCAUGGGUGCCCGAAUGGCCGGGCUGUUGACAUAUCGGUCUCGAAACUCAUACGAAGCCCGGUUCGGGCGGGAACUGGCUGCGUAUCCUACCCCUCGCUCGUCGCCCUGCUCGACACCGGAGUCUAGUGCAGGCUCGACAGACAGUGAGGUGCUCUCGGAGGAGAUGUUCGAUGAAACACCUCCGUUUCUCACGCAGACUUACAUUCGAUACAAUGCGGGCAAGUUUUGCGCUACUUUCGAUGCAAAUUGCUACAUUGCGUUGACGCAUAAGCUGGAUACGCAUGAUAUUACCCGUGGUCGGGUUGGAAGUACUUCUCGCACGCCACUGGCUGAUGCUCUGGGUCAAUUGAUGCAGCCAGGGCUGGUGGUGGGGAUCUCGAGUGAUAUUUUGUAUCCGCCGCAAGAACAGAAGGAUAUUGCCGCAGGUUUGCGUUAUGGGGAGUAUCGAGUCAUUGUGAGCGACGAUGGACAUGAUGGGUUUUUACUUCAUACUGAGGAGCUCAAUUCGAUUCUGAUGGAGUUUCUCGAUGGGGUGAGAGAUCAAAGCACGAUUUUGGGAUGA